UGCAGGUUAUUUGCCAUCUUCCUCCUGCAUUUUUCUUGCAUAUUUCAUCUGUAAUUCCACAUUUUCCAGCAUGAGUCUUCAGCCUACGCCAUCAGACUCCAAAUCUGUUGCUCUCCACGGCGUGAAUCCUAAUGCCAUCGGUCAAACACCGUCGCCGAGGACCCUUCCAUCGGAUUGCCAGCGGAAAAUCGCAAUCGCUAUUGAUUUGAGCGAUGAGAGUGCAUACGCCGUCCGUUGGGCCGUUCAGAACUAUCUCCGUCCCCGCGAUUUGGUGUUUUUUCUUCACGUGCAACCCACCCACGUUCUCUAUGGAGCGGACUGGGGAUCGAUUGACCUUCCACAAAAGAAUAGCGAUGGGGAAUCGCCACUAAAGCUCGAGAUGGAUUUUGACGACCUCACGACAACCAAGGCUACUGAAUUGGCUCAACCUUUAGUGGAGGCCAAUAUUCCUUUCAAGAUUCACAUAGUCAAAGAUCACGACAUGAAAGAGAGGCUGUGCUUGGAGAUUAAAAGACUAGAGCUCAGCGCUGUUGUUAUGGGGAGCCGUGGCAUUGGCGCCUCCAAGCGAGCCACUAAGGGCCGUCUUGGCAGUGUCAGUCACUACUGCGUUCACCAUUGUGUAUGCCCGUUGGUGAUCAUCAGAUAUCUGGAUGCUGAUCAUGAGGGAAGCGUCAGUGACUCGACGAAGAGUACUUGUGGGGAGGAAGAUGAACUUGAUCGAAUGUCGAGUUCUUGAAAUUAUGUGCGUGAGGACAAGCAGGAGUAUCAUGAUGCUGACGAGAAGGUCAAAGGUUCGAGUUCUUGGAAUUAUGUCCCUCGAUCUUGUGGCGGGCUGUUUUCUUGAAGAUUUUACGCAUCUUUUGUUUGAAGAACAAAAAGUUCUACACAUCUUUUGUUUGAAGAACAAAAAGUUCUACACAUCUUUUCGUAUAAAUAAUACAUAUGUUGCAUAUUC